AUGGCUGUAUCGAAGGGUCUACCAAGCACCAUGGGUUUCUCUGCUUGCCUCCCGAUUGGUCGCGCCCAUUCUAGUCUGCUGCAACUCGGUCGCUACUCGCCUGCAAGCGCCACCAGGCCAUUGCACUUGGCUGCAGUAGCUCUGUGGGGAUCACUGCCGCAGGUCCAAACCUCCUGUUCGAGUUGGCCACAGGGUUGCGUCGCCCUCUCUAUUUUUGACCUCUCUCCACGGCAACUGCACCUCGGCUCUGCUUCCGCUUGCUCGAGAAGAGGGAAUCGCGAACAAAACAUCUCCUGGUCAACCACUACCAAGAAAACAUUCACUGGCGAUUCUUCCAGUGGCAAUCUAUACAUCGACAGCGGCAGCGAGAAGUGGGAGGCUGUGGCCCAGAUUGUCAUGUUCAAAGGUUACCAGCCCACUCGAGUACUUUUUUGCUUACGUGCUCUCUCAGCCUCACUCUCCGCACGCCUACUUCCUCAACCCCGCGGUAAAAAGGACCUCACUAGGCAUAGUCAUUCGGCCGAUGGUGAGAUGUCUCGUAACAAUGGUGUGCAGUCUACGCGUCCUCUUUUCUCCUAUGCUUGUCCCUGUGCUUUUGGUGACUCGGUCUGCUCUUAUGCGGCUGCACCGUUUCUGUUGCUUAGAAUAGAGCAUCUGCAGGCGGAUGCCAGAUCGUUCUCAACAGUCACGUUGUCCCGCUGCUGUAGCGAUGAGCAUGCCCUGAUGGUCGGUUGCAAAUGCCUCAAAACUGGUUGA